GGGGACGGGGGGUGCUGACCGACCCCCCAAAAGGCAGCCGCCGCUGGGAUGGGUCUGUGCUAUUCCAAGAUUCCCCCAGUGGGCAGAGCGUUGAAGCCCCAAGAGAAGGAUGCCCUCAAGUCCUCUCUGAUUAUCUUUGUGGUGGGCGGCCCCGGUUCUGGCAAAGAGACACAGUGCAAGAAUAUGGCCGCCAAGUAUGGCUUCUGCCAUGUGGGCCUGGGCCAGCUGCUGAGGCAGGAGGCCCGGCAGCACACGCAGAGGGGCCGCCAGAUCCGCGACAUCAUGCUACAGGGGCUCCUGGUGCCCACGGGCGUCGUUCUGGACAUGGUCACCAACAAGAUGCUGGCGCACCCUGAGAGCCGGGGCUUCCUCAUAAACGGCUUUCCGCGCGGGCUGCAGCAGGCCAAGGAGUUCGAGCGCCUCGUGGGCCGGGCCCCCAGCGCGGUCAUCGUGUUGGACUGCUCCAUGGAGACCAUGGUCCGGCGGGUGCUGCGGCGCCGGCAGCUGGAGCCCCGUGAGGACGACUCCGAGCCGGCCAUCCACAGGCGGCUGGACGCUCACUACACCUCGUGCGAGCCAGUCCUGACCUUUUACCAGAACAAGAAGCUGCUGCGAAGUAUCUUGGCGGAAGACUCACCGGAGAGCAUCUUGGCCAAAUGCUGCUCUGUCAUCGAGAGCCUGCAGUGACCCGGGCAGGCCUGGGGGGCGCGGGGCAUUGAGGUGAGCGCCUUGGGGCGGGACC